GCAUCAUGGGACUGUGAGUCAUCCAGGGGUCAGGAGACGUCUCUGGACCGCAACCAGCCCUGCGCCGUCAAGAGGUGUGUGAGUGGUAAGCGUCAGUGUUCAGGUUGCAAUCAGGUGCUGGGGAAAGGAACAGCUAUGAACAUCGACACGCUGGGCCUGUACUUCCACCUAACCUGCUUUAAGUGUGGAGUGUGUAAGGUACAGUUAGGUGACACCAGUUCAGGAACAGACGUUAGGAUCCGUAACGGGCUGCUGAGCUGUCACGACUGCUAUGCCACAUCACACGCAGUUGGCCAGCCGACUACGCUGUGAUUGGCUACAGCCUGCAUCUGGAACCCUUCACAACAUUCUGGAACGCUGUGGAAUUCUCUUAACUGGACACACAAACUUCUCCCAGAUGAUGUCAUGGAGACUGAACUGUCUGAUGCUAACUGAUGCUAAUGGAGGCUAACUGCUAAGUGCUAGCGUUGUAGCUGAUCAACCAGUUUUUCCCAGACUGACUUGAGUACAGAGACCUCAAGCACAACCACUGAUCUACGACAGCACACUCAGACACAUGCUACAUGCUAACACCAGCAGCAGUCGGAAUGUAGUAGCUACCUACCUUACUGUCAAAUUAGCUAAAUGAUAAAUGCUAACGGAUGCUAACUGCUAAAUGCUACUGUUCACUCUCCAUCAUAAUGCCUUAAUAACUCUGUUUUGUUUUGUGUUUUAAGUAUUUUGCAUGAACGAAGACCGUGUUAGUUGUUGUUGUUGUUAACGGUAGUUAGGCUGUGUUACCUAGCGACAGCCCUGACUACCCCAUAUAGUUGUUAUGGUUACCGUAUGCCUCUCCUCCAUGUUGUGUAAUGAUACAAGCUUUGUCUUUAUUCUAAUGUUCACCUGAUCAUCAUGUACAUCAUUAUGCUGCGUUCAUUACUCUCAUGAUCGCUUUAGUUAUUAUUGGAUGUUAUUAUUACCAUUUAAUACCAAGGAUAUUCUGACAUUGUGUUUUAGAGCUUUGCAUCAUACUCUGCCUUAAGACGAGAGUGAGAGGGAUAGCACACGUGUAGUGUGUGUGUGUGUGUGUGCAUGUGUGUGUGAGUUGUUUUAGUUCAACUUGAAGCACAGUCCUAUACCAGCGAAUAUUACUACACAUUGACCCGCCCUCUCCCUCUUUUUCUCACCUGAUUGGACCUUUACUCCUAAGAACAACCAAUGAAUGAGACAAAGUUAUCUGCUGCUUCCUGUUUAUGCCCAGCCUCUUGUCCUGUGGCAUUUUUAGGCCUAUUUCUUACACCAAUCAAAUGCUUUGGAUAGAUGUGUAGAGGAGAGGAGAAGGGGGAGAG